GGUCACUAUUAUACCUUUGGAUAAUAUGGAAUAGUACUCGCUUCUUUUAUACUAUGUUAAGUUCACCGGGUAGGCACACUGCUCCGGAUAGCGUGCGCAUAACCCGCGAGCACACCCCCGGGGACCUUUACUCACUUCUUUACUCUGCAGCCUAAUGUGCUCGUCAGGUCAGACCUCGCUCCCUCCCGAGGAACCCGUUUUUCUCUCAGUAGAGCUUGGCGAUCUCGUACUCGUCGUCGGCGAUGUGCCGCCUGCGAACCUCGUCCGAGUCCUCGCGGCGGCGGUCCGCGUCGCGCGCGAGGCUCGCGGCGAAGCGCGCGGCCUCGGCGUCGGACAUCGCGUAGGGCGAGUACUCGUCCGAGGGAAACGCGCCGGUCCGCACCGCGUCCCUGAACGCCGCGAGGCCGCGGCGCGACUCCUUCCCCACCUCCGCGAAGACGCGGCAGAACCGGGGCACGUGGCUCGCAUGGUGCGGGUGCGCCAGCGACCCCAGGAGGUCCGAGUACACCAGGACCUGGCCGUCGCAGCCGGGGCCGGCGCCGAUGCCCACGCACGGCACGGCGAGCGCCCGCGAGAGCGCGGCGCCGACGGUCGCCGGCACGCACUCGGCGACGACGGCGAACGCGCCCGCCCGCUCCAGCGCGAGGGCCUCGUCGACGAGGCGCCGCGCCCGCCGCGCCGUGCGGCCCUGCGCGCGGAAGCCGCCCGUCACGGCGACGGCCUGGGGCGUCAGGCCCACGUGGCCCAUCACGGCGACGCCCGCGUCGACGAGCGUCUCCACGGUCGCGGCGACGCGCGGGGAGCCGCCCUCGACCUUGACGCCGUCGGCGCCGCCCUCCUUGACAGCGCGGUGCGCCGCGCGCAGCGCGACCGCUGGCGACUCCUCGUAGGCGCCGAACGGCAGGUCCAUCACGAGCAGCGGCGCGUCGCCGACCGCCCCCAGGCCGCGGCGCGCGGCGCGGCAGUGGUGCAGCAUCUCGUCGAGCGUCACGGGCCGCGUGUCGGCGUAGCCCAGCGCGACCAUGCCGAGCGAGUCGCCGCAGAGCGCCACGUCGACGCCGGCGGCGCCGACGUGCGCGGCCGACGGGUAGUCAUGCGCCGUCACCAUGCAGAUCUUCUCGCCGAGGCGCUUCAUGCGCAGCAGGCCCAUGGCCGUGACCUUGCGCCGCGCCGCCGCGGUCUCACCCGAGAGCGCGCGGACGGGCGCGGCCGCCGCGCGCCGCAUGGCCGCGCCAGCCCCUGUGGCUCAGCACCCUGUGGCUCCGAGUGCGCUCCCCAAAGGUUACUGGUACCGUAG